CGGCCCUCCGCGCGGCUCCGCACCAGGCCCUGCGGGAAGCGCGAGCUGAUUGACAGCUGCACUGUCCCCAGUAGGCUCGGCGAAGAUGCUGAUCUGCUGGUGGGUCUAGACGCGCACCCCGCGCGCCCAGUGCCGGCUCCCCUCCGCGCACCUCCCGAGCCCCGCCGCCUCCCGGCCGUCGAGGAGCCGGCCGGAGGCCCCCGCCGGCGCGCCAGCCCCGCGGCCCCGGGCGGCGGGCGCUCGCCCGGGCUCACCAUGCACUGCCACGCAGAGCUGAGGCUGAGCUCGCCCGGCCAGCUCCAAGCAGCCAGGAGGCGCUACAAGACUUUCAUGAUCGAUGAGAUCCUCUCCAAGGAGACCUGCGACUACUUUGAGAAACUUUCCCUCUACUCCAUGUGCCCGUCGCUGGUCGUGCGACCGAAGCCCCUGCAUUCCUGUACCGGCCCCGCUUCCCUUCGGGCGCAUCCUCUCCUCUCGGUGAUCACCCGACAGCACACAGUCAUCCCCCACCUGGUCCCCGCCACCCCGGGAAUCGCCCAGGCUCUGUCCCGCCACCCGGCCGCCGAGGCCACGUGUGCCGAGGCUGCGGGCGAGAACCACGGCAGCAGCGAGUCGGAGACGGAGCAGCCCACGCCCCGGCAGAAGAAGCCGCGCCGGAGCCGCACCAUCUUCACCGAGCUGCAGCUCAUGGGCCUGGAGAAGAAGUUCCAGAAGCAGAAGUACUUGUCCACCCCAGACAGGUUGGACUUGGCCCAGUCUCUGGGACUCACUCAACUGCAGGUGAAGACCUGGUACCAGAACCGCAGGAUGAAAUGGAAGAAAAUGGUUCUUAAAGGUGGACAGGAAGCGCCCACAAAACCCAAAGGUCGUCCCAAGAAGAACUCCAUCCCCACCUCAGAGGAGAUUGAAGCGGAAGAGAAGUUGAACAGCCAGGCCCAGAGCAAGGAGCCCUGGGAGCCCUCCCAGGGCCAGGAGGGGCUCUGUGACACGCAGGAACCAGAAGUGCACGGUGUCCCCGUAGAGGAGGCUGAGCCCCUAGGCCAGCCCCAGGAGUUGCCAGUAGCUUCUUCGGAACCCCCGCCAUCAAGCUAAAAUAAAACUCUUGCGGGGAGUGGGAAGGGGGAGACUGGGAAGAAGGGAAAGAGAGAAUGCAGGGAGAUCAGGGAGAGGAAAGCUUCUGAGAGCCAGUAACUUGCGGGGAGAAGACCACCACCAGCUGCCUCCCUCCUGCCCGCAGCUCUCACCUCGAGACUUUGAGGAAAACUUGCUGGCUUUGGCCUGCUCUUCCUGAAAGGCUGCUUUAGCCACGGAUGCCCUUGACGAAGGGACACAGUGCCUUGGAACUGCGGACCCCAGCUGGGCUGACGCCGUGGGGCUGUCCGGGUCCAGGCCCCCCGGCGCGGUAGAGGAUGCUCCAGGCAGCCUCCGGACAGCCAGCCGUCAAAGCAGAGCGGGAUGGAGGAGGGGGCGGCGAGCCCAGGUUCCUUGCUGACUCAGCACUUAUUUCUGUAGUUUUAAAAGAGAAUUUAAUGUUUUUGGUUGUUUUUUUUUUUUUUGGCGGGGGCGGGGGUUGGUGAGGGUGGGCAAGUAAGAGUUGGGGGAAGGGAGUUCUGCGUUAAUAGAAUAAAGUUUGUUUGAAGACACAUGUGCCUUUGUAUCCAUUGUAAGGUGGUCAGGUGAGCCAGGAACUGAUUAAACCUUGUUUUUCUUGCUUCAUUAACUUUUCAUCCCUGAAGCUGCAAUGCAGAUAUGUUAAGAUAACUUUUAUUUUUUAAUUAAAAAUAAAUCUUUCAAAAAA